AAAAAAAGGCAUAAAAGAGGAGAAGAGAAACCAAGUGAACUCAGCCACUCAUCGUGAGUUCCCCAAAACAGAAAAAUGUCUGCUCCCUCAACAUCUUGUCGAAUCAACGUGUUUUGGCACGAUGGGAUGUUAAAUCACGACACAGGCAAAGGUGUGUUCGAUACAGGGAUGAACCCUGGUUUCUUGGAAGUGUUAGAAAAGCACCCAGAAAAUUCAGACAGGAUUAGAAACAUAGUUUCAAUCCUUAGCAAAGGACCCAUCUCUUCUUACAUCUCUUGGCACUCUGGUUCACCUGCAACUAUACAUCAGCUUUUAUCUUUUCAUUCUCAAGAAUACGUUGAUAUGUUAAUUGAAGCUGAUAAAAAUGGUGGUAAUAAAGAAAUUUGUUGUGGAACCUUUUUAAACCCUGGUUCAUUUAAUGCUGCACUUUUAGCUGCUGGUACUACAUUAUCUGCUAUGAAAUAUAUACUUGAUGGCUAUGGUGAACUUGCUUAUGCAUUGGUUAGACCACCUGGUCACCAUGCUCAACCUACUCAAGCUGAUGGCUAUUGUUUUUUCAACAAUGCGGGGCUUGCUGUUCAAUUGGCUUUAGAUUCGGGUUGUAAAAAGGUUUUGGUUUUGGAUAUCGAUGUUCAUUACGGUAAUGGGACCGCCGAAGGGUUUUACCGUUCGGAUAAAGUCCUUACGGUUUCGCUUCAUAUGAAUCAUGGUUCAUGGGGUCCUUCUCAUCCCCAAAACGGAACAGUGGAUGAACUGGGUGAAGGUGAAGGGUUUGGGUAUAAUUUGAAUGUGCCUUUGCCGAAUGGGAGUGGUGACGAGGGAUAUGGUUAUGCGAUGAGGGAGGUGGUUAUCCCGGCUGUUGAGAAGUUCGAGCCAGAUAUGAUGGUCCUGGUUAUCGGUCAAGACUCGAGUGCUUUUGAUCCAAACGGAAGGCAAUGCUUAACGAUGGAUGGUUAUCGAGAGAUUGGACGGAUGGUUCGUAGAUUGGCGGAUAAACAUUGCGGCAGUAGGCUACUUAUCGUCCAAGAAGGCGGAUACCAUGUUACAUACUCGGCUUAUUGCGUUCACGCGACGCUAGAAGGUGUGCUCGAUCUUCCCCACCCUUUGUUGUCGGAUCCUAUUGCAUAUUACCCUGAAGAUGAGACUUUUGCUGUAAAAGUUAUUGAAGCAAUUAAGCAGUUCCAAAUGAAAAAUGUGCCAAUGUUAAAGGAUGUUUGAUUCGAGGUUUUUUUAAACCAGUCUUAGUUUGUAAAAUUUAGUCUUUUGAGGGGCUACUUCGUUUGUACAAUUUUGUCUUUUGAUGGGCUACUUCGAUGUUCAUGGGUGUCGAUCGACAAAUUUGACUUCAGGUUUUGAUUGAUCGCAAGUUUAUUCUAGUGUUUUUUCAAUAGAAAAAAAUUCGCUUGAGAAUGCAUCACCUCAAGCAAAAUGCUAAUAA